AUGGGCGACGUUUAUAGGUCGACCCGAACCUACCGAGAGGAGGAAGAUGACGACCGCGGACCCGUACGAAGCAGUACCACUGUUACGCGCUACAAAGUUGGCCCCUCCAAAAACGGCGACCGUUUCGACCGUAUAGAAGUCGAAGACGAUACCCGCUCUCGCUUCUCAGGCACUCGUCGAGUAUCCAACGACCUUGUCGACCGUCCUCGAUCCAGCUUUGACCCCGCAGAGCGCAAUCGCGCCGUCAUGGAACCUGAACGUGACUGGGACCGUCGCUCCCGCCACGAUGAUAUCCGUGUCGAGAGACGGGUCGAUGAGUCCUUUGAAGACUCCCGCGGCCAUGAUAUCGAACGAUAUCGCAAGGAGACCGAGUAUUACGCUCCAGUUGUGCCAGCACCACCUCCCGCUCGCCAGCCGCCACCUGUCCAGGAUCCUCCUGCAUCGCAGCCUCCCUUUUACGGCCGUCACGAACGCGUUGAAUCUGGCCCCAUGAUCCUCUCUAGAGAGCGUGAUGUCGACCGCGAAUUCGUCCGUCGUGGCCCUUACGAAGAUGACUACUAUUACAGACACGAACGCCGCGAGUUCGGUCCUGGCCCCGUUGCGCCAUAUCGCGGCGAUCCUCGAGACCCUUACUACCGUCGAGAUCCCUAUGCUCGUGACCGCGACUGGGCCAUGGCCAGAUAUGACGACCGUCGUCGGGAGGAGUACUAUAGUGAGGAUGAAGACUAUUACGUCUCCAACGGUCGCCGUCGCAGAUCCCGCUCUCGUCGUCGCCCAAGCCGAAGCCGCUCUCGCAGUCGCAGCAAGAGCUCUGACCAUCACAAACUUCACCUCGCCGAAGGGGCUCUCGCCGGUGCUGGUGUCACUGCUUUGCUCCAGAGUAAACGCGACGAGUAUGGGGAUCUUCCCGAGAACCGAGGCCGCAAAGUUCUGGCCGGCGCUGCCCUCGGCGCCCUCGGUACCGAAGCACUCAAGAGAGCUCACAGUGCCUAUGAAGACCGCUGGGGUAACCGCGAUGAGUCUCCCAAUCAUCAUUCCCGAAUCAAGACCGGUUUUGGCAUUGCUGCCGUCGCUCUUGCGGCUGCCGGCGCUGCCAAGUACUUCCAAGCCAACAAGGUUGAAAAGGAAGAAGCACACCGAGGUCGCAGUCGUACCCGCGGCUACGCAUCCGACAGCUACCAAGACUCACGAUCCCGCUCGCGAUCCACCCGUGCCCCGAGCCGCCGCAGAAGCAUGUCGAGAAUCGCCAAGGCUGCCCUGGGCACUGCAGCUACCGCCGGCGUCCUGCGCCACUUGCACAACAGAUCAAAGUCUCGUGGCGGUGACGAGCGUUCCCGUAGCAAGUCCCGUCUCCGCACCGGUGCCAAGAUUGCUGGUGCCGCCGCUGCCGCUGGCGUCGCCGGCAAGUUGUACAAAAAUCACCAAGAAAAGAAAGAGCGGGAGCGCUCCCGUUCUCGCGCACCAAGCGAUGACGAUGAUCGUUACUAUGACCGGCGGGCCAGAAGUCAUAGCCGCAGCAGGUCGAUGGCCCGAUCCCUCCAUUCCGAUGCUGGGGCUGAUAGAGAGCUAGGCUUAGUUGAGUACGGUGAAGGGGAUCUCCCUCCUGCACGACGAGGCUACGAGUCCGACGACGAUCGCCCCAGCAGGAGGCGCCGAAGCGCGCGACGGGAGCGCGACGACUCUUCGUCUGGUUCCAAUGACGGACGCAAAAGAAGUCGAAGCCGCCUGCGAAACAUGCCUUCCGCCGGCGCAGCGGCUUUCGGCAUCAAAGAGUACAAGGACAAGAAAGACCGCGAGAAGCGCGAGCGCAGGAGUCGGGAGCGACGGCGGUCACGAGAUGAUUAUGAUGACGGUUAUGACCGCCGUGAUGACAGACCUUCCUCACCUCUACAUGCCUCUGGGGGCGCCUAUUAUCCACCGUAUCCCACCACUCCGGCUGCUGGAGGGCCCGGGGACUACAAUCCGUACAAUAAUCCAGCCGCGGCUCAGUCGCAUGAGUAUCAGCCCUACGUACCUCAGGACUACAUGGGCUACGCGCCUCCGCCACCACCCGGCCCACCUCCGGCACCCGUUCCUGGCCCAAUGACUGGAUAUCCGCCUGGGCCACUCGGGCCCCCGGGUCCUCCUGGCCCGCCUCCAAGUGGUCCCCCACCGGGUCCAGCUGCUGGACCUCAUCCGCCACCAGAAUAUGUGAGUACCAAUACCCAAAAUCCAGACAAUGCAAAACCUAGUUCAGAGGCCGCAAUAAACAACUCGUCGUCCGAGACUGCUCCAAAGAAGACGCAUGCAGCGCCAAAGUCUGUGACUUUCAUCCCAAUGUCCCCCAAAAGCACGCAAACGAUGGAAAUGCACCGGAGACAGCAAGAAGAGGCUGCCAAUGGAGAUGCUCUCACCCAAGAAGAGUACUCUGCUCCAGGUAAUCAAGAUGGACGUGUUGCUCAUCAGCGCCGCUCGUCAGACACUACGCACGAUCGUGGGGGCGAUCGUGGCCGUAGUCAUGAAUCCGACUCUGAGGAGGAAAUUCAAAACCUACCUGACCGGUUUGAUUCGGAAGGCCGGCGACUAGACCGACGGUCAGUUAGUCACGACAGGUGGACGAGUCGAUCUGGCGCGUUUCGCCGUCAAUCGCAGCGGCCGGGCAACUUCAACGUGCAGGGAGCGUGGCAUGUAGGCGGUACUAAUAAAGAGGCUGUGGAGCGACUGGCACAUGGUGUAACGAAUGCCUUGGAUGGUCGCGGAAGCUGGAUGCAGGUUCUCGGAGAGGUACUGAGCGAGGGGGCGCACGGGGCAACUCCUAACAGUCAAGGACAACAUAUGCGAGUGGAGAGUGGCGGAGACGAAGAUGGUGACGAGGAAAAGAGGAGAAGACGGAAGCGAAGAGAAUGA